AUGUCACAACCAUCUGAAGUAUCGGUCAAUAUAGAAUAUUGUGCUGUUUGCGAUUUUAAGCGUCAAUGUCAUGAAUUGAAAGAAUUUCUUAACGAAACAAUUCCGGAAGCAAAAGUUGAAUGUCAAAUUGGAAGAAGAGGAAGUUUUGAGGUGAAAAUCAAUGAAACAUUGGUGCAUUCAAAAAUGCAAACAUUGGCUUUUCCUGUGUACAAGGAUGUUGCUGAAAAUGUGAGAAAUUGUUUUGAGGGAAAAGAGUUGAAAUCUGUACAGCAGCAGAAGAUCACUGAGUGCUCUAUUAUGUAG